AUGUCACAACCUGAUCUUGGCCCAGCCCUAGAGAAGGGGAUUUGGGCCGCGGUGGUUAUUGCUGCGGUGAUCGUUAUUUUACGAGUCUUCGGCAAAAUCAAGAUCAAUCGGUUUCGCGUCGAUGAUGGCCUGAUGAUUUUCGCUGAGAUUCUGGCAAUCGUGUCAUCAGCAUUCUUGACCUUGUCGGUUCACCAUGGGUUCGGCAAGAAUCUUAACACUAUACCACCAAACGACAAGGAACAGGUUUUGAAGAACAUCGCGAUCCAAGUGCCAAUCGUCACCAUCAGCACCACCAUCGCUCGCUCCGCAUUCAUUCUCUACAUCCUCCCGCUCCUCGGAACCAACAAGUACUACCAGGCUACCUUAUGGGCUGUUUUGGCGAUACAAUUCGCCGGGAACGUUGCAUCGGCCGUGUUGCCACUUAGCAUCUGUCGCAAUGUGGCCGCUUUAUGGGAUCCAGCAGUUGCAGUUACGACGACCUGCGGGAACUUGCAAGCGGUCAUCAGAUUCGCCUAUUAUUCCAAUACAUUCAACUCAGCAACCGAUCUGUUUUUGGCCGUCUUCCCAACAGUGGUAUUCUGGAACUUGAAUUUGAAACUAAGCAUCAAGAUCAGUUUGAUCGGUCUUCUGAGUUUGGGUAUCGUUGCAAUGGUCGCAUCCAUCAUUAAAACAACCAAACUGGACUCCGUACCCAGUAUCACGAAUACCGGAGACGGCGGCGGCAUCGAACUAAUCCGCUGGGGAUACAUCGAAAAUGUCAUUAUCAUCAUCACCUCUUCGAUCCCUUGUAUCCGCCCCUUGAUUAUAUCCUCUGUGCGCAAGAUGUCCAGCGGCAAAUACUCCCGUUCCUACGAACUCAGCAUGCCCUUCGGCCGCAAAUCGGGCGCUGCCCCAAACGAGACGAACCACUCACGCCGCACGCGCAAGUUCAAGUCUGAUAUCGAGAAUAAUAGUGUCGACCGCAUUCUGGAUCAUAAUCCGAGCGUGCAUACUAGUACCUCUGUAGGAGGGGCGCCGGAUUCUCCUACUUUCUCUGCCCCUGGUAUCACGAAGCAGGUGGAGAUUUCGGUCAUCUCGGAUCCUAGGCACCCUCCAAAAGAGCCUAUGGGGGAUCUCUCAUUGGGGAGCUAG